CGCGCCGAUCCAUGAAAAUGCUCUGGAAGCUGACGGAUAAUAUCAAGUAUGAGGAGUGCGAGGAGCGCCACGACAGCAGCAGCAACGGGACGGCGCGGCUGCCGCAGCUGGGCGCCGUGGGGCAGCCGCCCUACACGAGCGCGCCGCCGCUCUCGCACACGCCCAACGCCGACUUCCAGCCGCCCUACUUCCCGCCGCCCUACCAGCCCAUCUACCCGCAGUCGCAGGACCCCUACUCGCACGUGAGCGACCCGUACAGCCUCAACGCGCUGCACGCCCAGCCGCAGCCGCAGCACCCGGGCUGGCCGGGCCAGCGGCAGGGCCAGGAGCCGCCGCUGCUGCACCCGCACCGCGGCCUCCCGCCGCAGCUCUCGGGCCUCGACCCGCGCCGCGACUACCGCCGCCACGACGAGCUGCUGCACGGCCCGCACGGGCUGGGCGCCGCGCUGCCCGACCUGCCCCUGCACGCCAUCCCGCACGCCAUCGACGACGUGCCGCACGUAGAAGACCCCGGCAUUAACAUCCCGGACCAAACGGUAAUUAAGAAAGGCCCCGUGUCCCUCUCCAAGUCUAACAACAACGCCGUCUCCUCCAUCCCCAUCAACAAGGACACGCUCUUCGGCGGGGUGGUGAACCCCAACGAGGUCUUCUGCUCGGUGCCGGGCCGCCUCUCGCUGCUCAGCUCCACCUCCAAGUACAAGGUCACGGUGGCGGAAGUGCAGCGGCGCCUCUCGCCGCCCGAGUGCCUCAACGCCUCCCUGCUGGGCGGAGUGCUGCGGAGGGCGAAGUCUAAAAAUGGAGGGAGAUCUUUGAGAGAAAAACUGGACAAAAUAGGAUUAAACCUGCCAGCCGGGAGACGCAAAGCUGCUAAUGUUACCUUGCUCACGUCGCUAGUGGAGGGAGAAGCAGUACAUCUAGCUAGAGAUUUUGGGUACGUUUGUGAGACAGAAUUUCCUGCCAAAGCAGUAGCUGAAUUUCUCAACCGACAACAUUCCGAUCCAAACGAGCAAGUCACAAGAAAAAACAUGCUUCUAGCUACAAAACAGAUUUGUAAAGAGUUCACCGACCUGCUGGCUCAGGACCGAUCUCCCCUGGGCAACUCGCGGCCCAACCCCAUUCUGGAGCCRGGCAUCCAGAGCUGCCUGACCCACUUCAACCUCAUCUCGCACGGCUUCGGGAGCCCCGCGGUGUGCGCGGCCGUCACCGCCCUGCAGAACUAUCUCACCGAGGCGCUCAAGGCCAUGGACAAAAUGUACCUCAGCAACAACCCCAACAGCCACACGGACAACAGCACCAAAAGCGGCGACAAAGAGGAGAAGCACCGAAAGUGAGGACCCCCCCAGCUCCUCUCCCUGCCCCCAGGUAGCCACCGCUCCGUGCAGCUCCCUCCUGCCUCUCCCUGCAGCCCGUGCCCCAGGAACGGAACGGAACGGAACCGGGCUCCUCCUGGCCAGCCCGUUCUCUGACUUCCAGGCCUGCUCUGCCCUCUGCCCACAGCCCCCGGCACCCUCAUUUCCACGUGCUCCCGGCGAACUCGCUCCUCUCCCCAGCACUGCCGUUGUUUUACCCUGCUCUGGAGCCCCAGAGAACAGGACGGGGGGAUGGAGCCAGCAAAGAAAAAAAGUUCUGUCUUGAGUUUGUGAACUUUUUUUUUAAAUAAAACAAAAGGAGGAAAAAAAAACAAAACAAAAAAGGACUCUUUUUCUAAAAAUAUAUUAAAAAA